AUGUCUGAUUUGUUACCGCCAUCGCCCUCAGCUCUUACCCAUAGUAGCCGCCCAUUCAACCCUUCUCCAAGCGCACUCAGUUCUUCGGUUGCAGGAGAAAGUUUCUUCACUGACUACUCGAAAAAUGCAGCAGCAUCAUCAAGUUCCCUCUCGCUUCCCCAAAUUCAAUCUCCAGCAUCCAUUGAUCUCCGGCUGAAACCUGGAUCAUCUCUCUCACAUACAUACAUUAACGGUACUUCAUCUAUGCCAGCCUCGAUAGAUACCUGGUUAGGCCCGCCUGUUCACCCGCUCGACUAUCGUGCAUUGAUACACUCACCAGAUUCAACGCUCGAACGGCUGGCACAAACGGUAGAUGAUCUUACUCAGUGGUUGUCUGUGGUAGAAGUUGGCUUCACAGCUAUGCUUGAAAAAUCUAAAGAGGAAUCAAUAGCAGAAGAGCAAGAGCAAGAGGACUCUGCGCCAGAGAACUACAGCAAUGGCCAUGUCAAUUCUGGAACCUAA